AUGGAUUUCAGCAACCACACUCUAGUUACUGAGUUUGUUUUGCUGGGUUUCUCCAACAUCACACGUGGCCAGGUCUAUCUCAUCUUGCUGUUCCUCACCAUCUAUUUGGUCACCAUUCUGGGUAACUUCAUGAUCAUCACUCUCAUCCUGGUGGACACUCACCUUCACAGUCCCAUGUAUUUCUUCCUCAGCCACUUAUCCUGCUUGGAUGUCUGCUACUCAACGGUCACCGUCCCCAGGAUCCUUUCAAAUCUCUUUCUCCAAAGACACACCAUAUCCUACAACCUUUGCUUGACCCAGAUGUUCUUCCUGAUGGCCUUCUCUGGCUCAGAAUGCUGGUUGCUGGCCAUCAUGGCUUACGACCGCUAUGCUGCCAUCUGUCAACCUUUGCACUACUCUUGCAUCAUGAGUUCACAUGUUUGCAUGCAAACAGCUGUGAUCAUCUGGAUCUGGGGAUUCUUGGAUUCAGCAGUUCACACAGCCUUGGCUUCCAAGUUACGCUUCUGUGGAGAUAAUCAGAUCCAUCACAUCUUCUGUGACCUCCCACCGCUGCUGAAGAUUGCCUGCGGUGAUGUACACAUGAGCCAGUUGACCUUACACAUAGCCACCAUAUUUGCAGGAAUGACUCCUUUCUUUUUGGUGGUCAUCUCCUACUUCUACAUCCUUGCAUCCAUCCUGCGUAUCCGUUCUAACUCAGGUAGACAGAAAGCAUUUUCCACUUGCUCUUCUCACUUGCUGGUGGUCGUCCUUUAUUUUGGGAAUGGAUUAAUAAAUUACAACCAGCCCAGUGCUGGCUACUCCCUGGAGACUGACACCCUAAUUUCUACCAUGUAUUGCAUUGUCACCCCCAUGGUGAACCCCCUGAUCUAUAGCCUACGCAACAAGGAGGUGAAGGGGGCCCUGAGGAAGGUCCUGGCAAGACACAGGAGAAUGUAG